GAGGACCGGGCCGGCCCGAGCCUUGAGGAAAAGAGGCCGAGCCCGAGAGGCCUUUUGCGGCAGGACGUAAGUGGCGGUGCCGGCGGCGCGACAGCAGCUGGAGGGCAGAGGAGGCGGCGCGGCCGGUCCCAGUCCUCGCCAUGAGGCCGCAGCAGGCGCCGGUGUCCGGGAAAGUGUUCAUUCAGCGAGACUACAGCAGUGGCACACGCUGCCAGUUCCAGACCAAGUUCCCUGCGGAGCUGGAGAACCGGAUUGAUAGACAGCAGUUUGAAGAAACAGUCCGGACUCUGAAUAACCUCUAUGCAGAGGCCGAGAAGCUGGGGGGCCAGUCCUACCUUGAGGGCUGCCUGGCCUGUCUCACAGCCUACACCAUCUUUUUAUGCAUGGAGACUCACUAUGAGAAGGUUCUCAAGAAAGUCUCCAAGUACAUUCAAGAGCAGAAUGAGAAGAUCUACGCUCCCCAAGGCCUCCUGCUGACAGACCCCAUCGAGAGAGGACUUCGAGUUAUUGAAAUUACCAUUUAUGAAGACAGAGGCCUGAGCAGUGGAAGAUAAACCCUCCAAUGUAAAGAUCCCCCUGCAGCCGGCCCACCGCGGAGCGCCCCCGCCCUCCUCCAGAGCAUCAUUCCUCAUACCUGCUGCCGGAGCCACAGUGCCACUCACUCCCAGGACUGACCUCCUCCGGCCCCACGCCUGGGGUGACUCUAGGCGCUCAGCAGCCACUUGGCGUCUCCCCGUAUGUAGGACUGUGGAAUCUUAGCGAUUAGUCUCAGAAAA